UGCAAAGUGUAAAGUGAAACCGCACAAUGCUCAUUACCGCCCAGCCCAGAGCCUGGCUGUGGGGAUAAUGAGGCUGGCACGGAUGUUAACAUACGGUGUCCUUGGAAAAAGCUAGGAAUGCGUCAGUAUCGAAGAGCUGCAAUGUCCAAGAAUCAUAAGUAAUAAUUUGAGAAUCCCAAAGAUGUUUGUUUACAUUGGCUAUUAUUGUAAAAUAGUCAAAGUAUAACAUCAUGAACCAAAAUAGUGUCAAAACAAAAUCUGUUCCACUGUGGCACGUAUGUGACAGAAACACAUGCACACAAAGUACAUCAAAAGGCUCGAACUGUGGGAGGACUCGGAUAGUAAAUCACUUCCAGACUUAAUAUCAGAAGAGAUACGGUGCGUCCAACGCUGUCAGGGACAGAGUCGCAGGCAGCAUUGCCUGGCCUUGGGAAGGCCCUCCGCAAACUUCUGGCUGGACAGGAAACAGUUUACCUCCUUCCUUCAAACUGAGGGGGCUGAAUUUCAGGAAGGUGAGCUCCACCUCAGUGCCACCCACUCUGCCUCCCUGGAGAGGCGUCAUGGGGCGCAUAGCUGUCACGUGACGGUCAGAGACUGCUGGCCCCACCAGCUGAGAAAUUAAUCAUUAAUUGAAGGAAAAAACAGUUUCCCCAUUAUCGAGCUUUUCUUUCAGCCUCUAGGCCUGCCCCUUCUGCUUUCUGAAAUGCAAAGGAGGUAGAGAUUGAGGCAGAAAGUAAAUAAGAUUUGAAUAUUGCCUUUCCUGGGGUUUUCUAGCUCAUUGUUUUCUGGAGCAAAUAUCUUCAAAAACAAGAAACUGACAUACUGUGGUCAAGACAGAAUUCUAGAUAAGCUACAAUUAUGUGAAAAUUAAGUAUUUGAGUAAAUAGCUGCAAACUUUUUAAAACUUAGACUGAAAGAACGAGUUCUUAAAGAUUUUCAGCCAAAAAAAAAAAAAAGCCUUGAACCUGUAUUCAGUACUAGUGCUGAAAAGAUUCCAAACCUCAUAUAUGACAGAAUAUUUUUUUUCCUUAGUGUGAAGAUGUCUAUCAAUGGCUAGGGCCACCUAUCUGUCACAAAGCUUUGGAACUCCUCUAGGUGUUGGAAUGUGACACCAGAAAUCACAAUUAGUGCAUAAUCACAUUACUUUGCCACCUACACGGAAGGGCACAGACUGGCAGCCUUUCAAGGGCAGUGUAUGUAAAUGUAGUUUCAAUAUGCAAAUUCUCCUAAUUAUUUCCGAUUAAUACGAUCAUUAUAAUAGCCCUGCCUCCUUCUUGAAAAGGAACCCUGAAAGCGCCCUGCCUGUGAGAGCUCCUUAGCGACUGGCGAGGUUGGGCAUGGUUUCCAAUAAGUACUCAUUUUCUUGAGUUUACAGUAAUGCCUCCCGCGCUGCUCCGGGUUGCAAAAGCCCACACUAAGCCUGUCGUCGAAUGCGUGCGUGGGUGGUUUGUUUGUGUUAACAUAACUUUUCCUUAUCUGAAGAGACGAACUCACUCUACAAACGUGACUCUUCAGUGACAACCUAAUUUGCGUUUUCACUUUCUUCUGAAAUGCUUUCUAUCUUUCCCCACGCUCUCCCUCCGAUGGGUUGCAGUGAACUGUGGCUUCCCCCCUACGGUGCUGAAGUCGCCCGUGUAGCUGUGAUUUUAGAGCUGCCGACAGCUCCAAGGUGUGCAGGGCUUGGUCUGGGAACACCCCCAAGGCAAGGGUCCCGCCGCGCGCUUGGAAUUAGAAUUAAGAAUGCACAUUUAGGCGCCCAGGGUCUGCCCCCUUCUCCCUCCUCCUUCCCCUCCCCCUUCCCCUCCCCCAUCUUCCCUUCUCUGCCUCCUCUCCCUCCUCUCGCCUGUCUCCUCCCCGCUCCCCGCCCGCCGCUCCCCGCCCCCCGCCCGCCGCUCCCCGCCCCCCGCCCGCCGCUCCCCGCUCCUUGCUCCCCGCUCCUUGCUCCCCGCCAGCCCCGCACUUACUGUACUGUACUCUAUUUACCACCCCAGCUGGGCUCGCGCCCCGCCCACCCCGCGGGGAUUGGCUGCGAACGCGGAAGAACCAAGCCCACGCCCCGCGCCCGCGCUCACCAAUGGAAGCGCCCGCUCGUCUUGAUAGACGUGCCACCUUCCGCCAAUGGGGACGAAGGGAAGCCCGAGCGUGUGGCCCCGGCGAGUGCGAAUAAAAGCCGCCCCGCCGGGCUCGGGCUUCAUUCUGAGCCGAGCCCAGUGCCAAGCGCAGCUAGCUCAGCAGGCGGCAGCGGCGGCCUGAGCUUCAGGGCAGCCAGCUCCCUCCCGGUCUCGCCUUCCCUCGCGGUCAGCAUGAAAGCCUUCAGUCCCGUGAGGUCCGUUAGGAAAAACAGCCUGUCGGACCACAGCCUGGGCAUCUCCCGGAGCAAGACCCCGGUGGACGACCCGAUGAGCCUGCUAUACAACAUGAACGACUGCUACUCCAAGCUCAAGGAGCUGGUGCCUAGCAUCCCCCAGAACAAGAAGGUGAGCAAGAUGGAAAUCCUGCAGCACGUCAUCGACUACAUCUUGGACCUGCAGAUCGCCCUGGACUCGCAUCCCACUAUUGUCAGCCUGCAUCACCAGAGACCCGGGCAGAACCAGGCGUCCAGGACGCCGCUGACCACCCUCAACACGGACAUCAGCAUCCUGUCCUUGCAGGCUUCUGAAUUCCCUUCUGAGUUAAUGUCAAAUGACAGCAAAGCACUGUGUGGCUGAAUAAGCGGUGUUCAUGAUUUCUUUUAUUCUUUGCACAACAACAACAAACAACAACAACAAAUUCACAGAAUCUUUUAAGUGCUGAACUUAUUUUUCAACCAUUUCACAAGGAGGACAAGUUGAAUGGACCUUUUUAAAAAGAAAAAAAAAUGGAAGGAAAACUAAGAAUGAUCAUCUUCCCAGGGUGUUCUCUUACUUGGACUGUGAUAUUCGUUAUUUAUGAAAAAGACUUUUAAAUGCCCUUUCUACAGUUGGAAGGUUUUCUUUAUAUACUAUUCCCACCAUGGGGAGCGAAAACGUUAAAAUCACAAGGAAUUGCCCAAUCUAAGCAGACUUUGCCUUUUUUCAAAGGUGGAGCGUGAAUACCAGAAGGAUCCAGUAUUCAGUCACUUAAAUGAAGUCUUUUGGUCAGAAAUUACCUUUUUGACACGAGCCUACUGAAUGCUGUGUAUAUAUUUAUAUAUAAAUAUAUCUAUUUGAGUGAAACCUUGUGAACUCUUUAAUUAGAGUUUUCUUGUAUAGUGGCAGAGAUGUCUAUUUCUGCAUUCAAAAGUGUAAUGAUGUACUUAUUCAUGCUAAACUUUUUAUAAAAGUUUAGUUGUAAACUUAACCCUUUUAUACAAAAUAAAUCAAGUGUGUUUAUUGAAUGGUGAUUGCCUGCUUUAUUUCAGAGGACCAGUGCUUUGAUUUUUAUUAUGCUAUGUUAUAACUGAACCCAAAUAAAUACAAGUUCAAAUUUAUGUAGACUGUAUAAGAUUAUAAUAAAACAUGUCUGAAGUCAA